AUCAUGGCUUCGAGGAUCGAUCAGCUCGCGAAGCCCAAACCAAACCUGCUCAAGUUCCCGGACAGGCGAUCGGUGUACUGGCUUGAUGAACUACCAUCCAGAUCAAAAUGCUCCACUACUGCCUUCGAAACGACCCCUCGUUUGGAGAAACUCAUGCAAAGCAAACGACCAAUCCAUUUUUAUGAGGACAACAGAAGGUCAGUGCAGUGGGUUGUUAGUGCAGCUGCGCUGAAGGCUCGCCCCUCUCAGAGAGUGUGUUCACUGGCACUGCCACGGCCGCCUGCUGAUGGAUGGCAGCCUGACCGCCCUCUCAUGGACACUUUGAGUGUUGCGGUUAAAACAGCCAAACCCAGUCCAAGGAUCUGUCACCUGGCGCAACCGAAGCAAAUAAAGAUGACAUUAACACACUUCAGCAUGGAGUCCAGUGAGCACGAGAUUGGCAUCAGCACUACACCCUCCGCUCGCCUGCUGCGGCUGGCCUCUCCUAAGCAGGUGCAUCCGCAGCAUACGCUCGCCCGUUCUGUUUCCUGGCCCAUUCCAGAUCACGUACUGAAGGCUGGAGCCAGUGAAAGACUGCAGACACUGGCACGACCCAAAAGCCGUCAGGCCCUGUUUGAAGGCUACGAUCCAUACCGGGUCAGUCCUGCUGCCCGCUCCGCCACGGCCUCCCCCAGACUGCUGGAGCUGUCUUUACCCCUGCCACGCAAAUGUAGAGGACAGUAAACCAGCAUUUCAGCCAUCCAUCAGAAGCGAGGCUUUUAGUAAAAUUUGUAUAAUGUAAACUGAAAUAUGUUAUUUUGCUGAAUAUUGACCUUAUUCUUCAAUGCGGAAGUGCGCUUGUUUUUUCCUUUGUUUUAGAACUUCCGAUUCAGU